AUGUCGUUGAACGGGCUUGAUGGAAGCCUGAUCAAGGAGGCACACGAAGCUGCUGCGGCCGAGCCAGGAGGAUGGUUCCUCCUCAAAUAUGCCAGUCGAGAUGAAGUCGACGUCCUCAGCCGCGGCAACGGUGGCAUAGUUGAGAUGCGAAACAAUAUUGCCCAGUUUGAGGAGAACUCGCCCCUGUUCGGCUUUCUACGAUACCGCCGACGAAAUGUCAUCAUCAAGUACUUGCCUGAAGACACCUCCCGGCUCAUACAAGCUCGAGUGACCGUCCACUUCAAUGCCGUAUGCGAGAGGUUCGCGCCUUACAAUACUACCUUCUCGAUCUCGACCGCCAAAGAACUAAAGGACACAAAGCUGUCGGCUGCUUGCUCUCUGCAUGCUGCCUCGGGAUCCAUCUCGUCUUCUACAAGUUCUCUCAGAAGGCGACGUUUAAUGGAGAUUGCUGAGGAGGAAGAGGAAGAACAAAGAGCCAGCAAGAGACAAUCGGUGGUUCACGAGGAUGACACGGGACUCAAUGAGGAUGACCCAUCAGACGCGUCGACAACGCCCAAAACACCUGCGCCUGUGCCCCCUGUCACCUUGAACGCUGACCUGGCGUCGUCUCCCGAAGAAAGGGAAUUCUCUCCGUCGUCUGAACCGCCAGACUUUGUCGGUGCUGCACGGCCAACGUCACCGACCGGCGACAGUGAAAGGCGGAUGUCGUCCCAGACGGCGCGCCCUGACUUAUACAGCUAUUCCUCCUACCCCUACGGGAAGCCCAAGGUCAAACUCGGUCCACGGCCGUCGCUCGAUGUCAGUGGCCGCCCCAAAACAGCAGGCACCUUUCGACCCGUUUCGCAAAUGCCUGCAGGCUUCAAGUCCCGCUCCUACUCUAAAGACGGAAAGCGCAAGAAAAUGCCUGACAAUUAUGAACAUGAACUUGUUGAGCACGACGACGAGCUUGCCGAAGUCGCAACUGCAGCAUCAAUCCCACUGCCCGAAACGUCACCAACGUUAACCCACGAACUGAUGCGCCCACCUCCGAGUUCUGGCCGACCCGCGACAAGCUCUGGCGUCUCAAUGAAGUCUCCCGUUCUGUCCACCUUCUCCGCUUCGGUCAAGCAGACCAUGACACCCGAGAAGGCACGGCUUAUGAAGGCCAUGCAGAUGCGUGAGAAGCGGAAACAACUGACCCUGCAGCCUACAGCGGUUCCCGUACCCGACAGCCCAGUGGAAGAAACUCGUCAUGCCGUCGAUGAAGCGACCGCCGACGAGACCCCGACAACACCCGAACAAGCGGAACAUCAGCUGUCUACGGUUGUUCACGAAUCCGGUCUCGCCGGCGACGCCUCAGCUAUUUCCAUGCAGACGGACCCAUCCGAGUCAACGCGCAGUGACUCGCGGCCCACCUCUCCGCUCGUUACUUUUUCUGAACCUGAACAGUCGACCAAAGCCUCUUCGCUGUCCGAGUCCACUGAUGAAACUGUUCGAGAAUCUCAGGCCGGAAAGGAUGGGAAUGAAGCCGACAGUAUCCAUUUGGGCGACGCAGCUGAUAAUGACGUGGAUAAGGCGAGCCCAGAAGCCACCGGUGUUCCCUCGGCAGAUGCAGUUGUCAUUGUUACUGCGGACAUUGCUACCGCACCGAUAGAGAUGACUCCCAUGCCCAGCUCCCAUUCGGGACCGUCGGAGGAGCAGAGCGCUCCAGAAAGUAGUCAUGCUAAAGAAGUAUCCGAAGAUGCAUCAAUCGAACGAGACUCGGGAACACCCCUGACGCCGCCCAUCUCCAAGUUUUCAAGUCAUGUCGCCGCGCCGCUUGCCAGGCUGACCUCACCUGGGGAAUCCGAAGCGCCACCAAAAACCCCGACAUCCCCUCAAUCACCGAGCCUUGCCAUUCCAACGUCGCGCUUCUCCAGCCGCGAGCACAGCAGCCCGAGAUCACCUGUACUCGAGGUCCCUACUAUCGUACCCCCCUCUGACGAUGUCCCUCCCGCGCACUCGCUAUCGAUCAAAUCAGAGGCAGACGUUGAAACGACUGCAGGGAAGAAACGCCACUCCAAGCGUAAGACCAUCGAGCCCAUCCGCACCGAUCUCGACACACCAGAGGUUCGGUCUGAGGUUCAUCUCUCCGAUGACGAAUCCUUGAUGAACGAACUUCAGUCAGCUACGGUCGAACAAGCACAGCCCAUGUCUGUCUCAAAAUCGCCCAUCACCCCGGUAUUUCCCAGUCCACAGAGGCACGCGACCACCGCGGGCAACGUUAGUAGCACGAAGGGCAGUCCGCGCAGUGUUGUACGAACGACUUCAAAUCCCGUGCGUGGAAAUCUUCUCACUCCAACCGACGUUUCGCAGAGCUCGGCUCGAUCUUUCUCGUCUGGCGCGGCCUAUUUACACAAGAUCACCCAGCAGCAGUUGGGCAACCAACACCUCGCCCCCAAGACCGGCAAAAUGGGUUCCAAGAUCUCGCAACGUAUCAAGGCUCUUGAGCAGCUCUCCGGCUCCUCUGCUAACAGCGAAGCUUCGUCCCGCAUCAACGCGCCGUCGGCACAGUUCUUCUCCGUUCGUAAAAACAGCACGCGAGAACCUUCUAGAUCUCCCUCUGUCGUUGAUCGUGCCACCUCUCUGACCCGUCAGCAGAGGGGUAGCCCUCCCAGCACGGCCGUCUCAGAGUCACGGGACGCAUCCCCAGAAAUGAGGGUCCGACGUGAGAGGUCGACGUCUGUCGCCAGCAGGCUGUCCAUGUUUGAAGGACCCAUCACUCCCUCACCAGAUUCGAUGCCGCGUGGCCGUCCAGAGUCCAUUUCCGUGACCGCACGCAUUGUGCGAGACCCUAGCCAAGCUACUGCUUCGCUCGAAGCGCCGAAAGAUCCGGCUGAGUUUAAUCGUUUGGACUUCAAGAUAUCUCCACUCGAGGUAAACCACCAGCGGGCCGAGUUGGUUUCCGCAUCCAUUCCCCGCGAGACGAUUCAGGAGAGGAGGGCAUCGCGAGAGAAGCGCAUGUCCCAGGCACAGGAUGAUGAUGAGGACGAAACGCCGCGCCGCUCUUCCCUCAGCAUCGUCAAAGACUUUAUCAAGGAGCGCCGUAAGUCCUUGACCACUGCUACCAGCGACGGCCUUACGAGCGGGUCAACUCCGCUCAGCCCUGGGCGCUCACCCUCUUCGCGCCCACCGUCAACACACCACAACAGUGGGUUCCCACGUCGCUUGUCGAUCAGCAGUCGACGCUCCUCCAUCAGCAAAGACGCAGCCGCCGGUGCCAUGUCGCCCUCUAUGUUUACGGAAACGAGCGGUUCUGGCGAUGAUAGCAAGUCAAUGAGCAGCGACAAGAAAAAGAGUCGCGCUGGUAGGUUCAUGCGCCGCCUGUCGUCGUCGCUCAGUGCCAGCCGCGGCAAGGUCCUUUCUCCCACAACGAUCUCUCCCACCGUUCAAGAAGAAACUCUGGCCGACACAAUGGCUGCCCGUAGCGUCACUCGUGAGAGCAGCCAGCAACAGUCCUCAGUCUUGGCCUACAUGGGUGACGUGAACGUCCAGUUUCCCGACAAUCUGCUCUGGAAACGCCGCACAAUGUGCCUAGACUCUCAGGGAUUUCUACUUCUUAGCGCCACAACUGCUCCUUCAAUGCACAAGGGCAAGACUGGCGGCGUCGGUGUUAAAAGAUACCACCUCAGUGACUUCCGCAACCCCUAUACCCCAGAUGUCGAGAUUCAGGAGCUGCCGAACAGCGUGGUCCUUGACUUUGUCGAUGGAUCGAGCCUACAGAUCGCGUGCGAAGGUCGUGCGGGUCAGCUCAGCGUCCUGCACACUCUCCAAGAAGCGCAUCAAGCGCAUGCCGCAUUCGGUCAGUGA